UCAGGGGAGCUGUUACUCGUGGUGUGGGUGCCCAGGGGAUUGAACUCAGUGAAACAAUUCGCAGGAUGGAGGAAUCUAUUCCCCAUAUCAUUGUACUUCUUGAGGCAGCUGUAGAAAGGUGUAUCAACUUUACUGGUGGUUCUGAGGCAGAUGAACUAAUUCUUGCUCUUGAUGACAUAAUGUUACAAUAUAUCUCUGCUUUACAAGAGACACUAAGAUCAUUAAGAGUGGUCUGUGGAGUAGACCAUGAUGGUGUUGGUUCAAAGAAAGAGAUGGGAUCAGACAAGAGAGAUGGCAACACUGCACAAAAAGUUGAAUUGAUUUCAAAUGAGGAGGAAUGGUCCAUUGUUCAAGGGGUUUUGCAGAUCCUCACAGUUUCAGACUGUUUAACUAGCAGGUCCUUUGUUUUUGAAGCUUCCUUGAGAGCUACUCUUGCUAGAUUAAGCACGACUUUGUCUCUGUCAGUAUUUGGUUCAAGUGUGGACCAAAGCCCAUCACAUGUUGGUGAUGACAGUAAUGGAGAAGCAUCUGUGGGUGGAAGGGCUGCCUUGGAUGUGGCAGCAGUGCGGCUUGUUGACAUUCCUGAGAAGGCCCGGAAGCUCUUUAACCUUUUAAGUCAAUCUAAAGAUCCCAGGUUUCAUGCACUUCCUUUGGCAUCUCAAAGAGUCACAACAUUUGCUGACACAGUAAAUGAACUUGUAUAUCUGAAUUAUUCAUUAGUAUGGAAAUUUUCGAAUCCGAAUUAUUCAUUAAUAUUUUUAUUGUUUUCUGUUCUAUAUAUCUGA